CGAGGUUGGCUGUGCAAUCUGGGGGAGACGCGUAGCGCCGCGCUCCGACACCUCUUGCCUCUGGAUUAACCUGAAUGAAUUUAAAACACUGGAACCUUUUUAGUUGAAGUAGUCGUUCUGCUGUCACGAGACUGCUGGCCAACUUAUAUGAAGCAAGAAGUCGAGAGCAAGCUGCCGAAGUGUGGAGUUAAAUGACUGAUAGGGUUUUCUGCGCCUCUCCGUCCAGCAUGAUCCACUGAAGCUCACGCUCCUUCAGACCUGCAGCCAGCCUUUCUCCUCCUCCUCCCCUUCUCUCCUUCUCUAUCCCUCCACCCUUCCUCUCUCCACCAUGCUCCUCCCCAACUCAUCCUUGCCUCAUCUUCUCCUUUUCAUUCCCCUCCUCUCUUUACUCCUCCUCUCCACCCCUGUCCUCUCCGCACCGGUGGAGCCUUCCUCUUCUGUGGGGUCUGGCAGGGCGGUGUACCGAGCGCCUGACACCUCCUUCACUCACCUGACCAUCCAUCGCCGGACUGGCGAGGUUUUCAUCGGCGCUGUCAACAGAGUGCUGAAGCUAUCGGGCAAUCUAACAGAGCUGAGAAGUCACACGACUGGUCCAGUGGAGGACAACACCAAAUGUUACCCUCCACCCAGCGUCCGCGCCUGUGCUCACCGGUUGGAGUCCUCCGAUAAUGUGAACAAACUCUUGCUUGUGGAUUACACUGGAAACAGACUGGUUGCUUGCGGCUCCAUCUGGCAGGGAGUCUGCCAAUUCCUCAGACUGGAGGAUCUCUUCAAACUGGGAGAGCCACAUCAUCGCAAGGAGCACUACCUGUCUGGAGCCAGAGAGGCAGACGGCAUGGCAGGUGUUGUGGUUGGAGAGGACGACUGGACGGCAGACCCCAGAAGAAAAAAGCCUUUGAAAGGCGGUAGCCGUCUUUUCAUUGGUGCUGCUAUUGAUGGGAAGUCCGAGUAUUUCCCCACCUUGUCCAGCAGGAAGCUGGUGGCCGAUGAGGAGAGCGUCAACAUGUUCUCCCUGGUCUACCAGGAUGAGUUCGUCUCCUCGCAGAUCAAGAUUCCGUCAGACACACUGUCCCUCUACCCUGCCUUUGACAUCUACUACGUCUACGGCUUCUCCAGCCGAACCUACGUUUACUUCCUCACGCUACAGCUGGACACACAGCUGACGCAAAUGGACGCUGGGGGGGAGAAGUUCUUCACCUCCAAGAUAGUGAGGAUGUGCUCCAAUGACACUGAGUUCUAUUCAUACGUGGAGUUUCCACUGGGCUGCACCAAAGACGGCGUGGAGUAUCGUUUGGUCCAGGCUGCGUACAAACAGAAACCAGGGCGGCGGCUGGCUCAGGCUCUUGGCCUGUCCGAGGAUGAUGAUGUCCUGUUUGUCAUCUUUUCUCAGGGUCAAAAGAAUCGCUCCAACCCCCCCAGAGAGACGGUGCUCUGCCUUUUCACCCUCCACGAUAUUAACCUAGCCAUGAGAGAGAGGAUCCGCUCGUGCUACCGCGGCGAUGGGCGGCUUUCGUUACCGUGGUUACUCAACAAGGAGCUGCCCUGCAUCCACACUCCUAAGCAGAUUGGAGAUGAUUUUUGUGGCUUGGUGCUGAACCAGCCGCUGGGAGGACUGCGGGUCAUCGAGGGGAACCCACUCUACGAGGACCGGACCGAAGGCAUGGGGGCUGUGGCUGCAUACACUUACGGAGAACACACUGUGGUGUUUGUGGGAACUCGGAGCGGACAGCUGAAGAAGAUACGGGUGGACGGAGUACCACCGCCGGCCCAGAAUUCUCUGCUGUACGAGACGGUGAUGGUGGCAGAAGGAAAACCCAUUCUGAGAGACAUGGUGUUCAGCCCGGACCACCAGUACAUCUACCUGCUGAGUGACAGACAGGUGACAAGACUUCCAGUGGAGAGCUGUGAGCAGUACAGCAGCUGCUCGGAGUGUCUGGGCUCAGGAGACCCUCACUGCGGCUGGUGUGUCCUCUUUAACAAGUGUUCCAGACAAGAAGCAUGUGACAAAUGGGAGGAGCCUCAACAUUUCAACACAAGGCUGGACCAGUGUGUCAACAUCUCAGUUACCCCGAGCAACAUGUCUGUCACCUCACCAGCAACGCAGUUGACAAUCCGUGUGCAGAACGUCCCGGCACUGUCCGGUGGUGUCACCUGCGUGUUCGAGGACCUCAGUGAAACCCCUGGCGAGGUGACGGCCAGAGGUCAGGUGAUGUGUAUGUCACCCUCUCUGAAGGACGUCCCAACGCUCACACACUCCUACGGUGAGAAACGUGAGGUUCACCUCAGCUUACGAUCUACAGAGACGAGACAUCAGUUCAUCAGUACCAACUUCAUCUACUACAAUUGCUCUGUGCUCAACUCGUGCACAUCCUGUGUCAGCAGUGAGUUUCCAUGUCACUGGUGUAAAUAUCGUCACAUCUGCACCAACAACCUGCAGGACUGCUCCUUCCAGGAGGGACGGGUCAGUGGCAUGGAGGGCUGUCCUCAAAUCCUGCCCACCUCUGACAUCCUGGUCCCAGCUGGAAUGUUGCGUCCAAUUACACUGCGAGCCCGAAACCUCCCUCAGCCACAGUCGGGUCAGAAGAACUACGAGUGUGUGUUCAACAUCCAGGGCAAAGUCCAGCGGAUCCCGGCUGUCCGCUUUAACUCCUCCUGCAUACAGUGUCAGAACACCUCGUAUUGGUAUGAAGGCAACGAGGCUGGCGAUCUCCCAGUGGACUUCUCCAUCGUGUGGGACGGUGAUUUCUUCAUCGACAAACCUGCAGCUAUGAAAGCCCUGCUGUACAAGUGUGAGGCCCAGCGCUCCAGCUGCGGUCAGUGUCUCAAAGCUCCCACCGCCUUCGAAUGUGGCUGGUGCACCGAAACCAAAAAGUGCCUUUUAAAGCAGCACUGCCCUUCGCCCGAAAUCAACUGGAUGCACCACGGACGACACAACGUGCGCUGCAGUCACCCACGGAUCAGCAGGAUUGACCCCCUGACAGGACCUCGCGAGGGGGGGACCAGAGUCACCAUCGAGGGGGAGAACCUGGGUCUGCAGGUGAAGGAAAUUGCUUACGUUCAGGUCGCUGGAGUUCGCUGCAACCCUGUCCCCUCGCAGUACAUCAGCGCUGAGAGGAUUGUGUGUGACAUGGCCGAGGCGCUGCUCCCUCACUCGCCUGGUGGACCCGUCGAGCUCUGCAUUGGGGUGUGUAGUGCGGAGUAUCGGACACUCUCCACCCAAAGCUACUCCUUCGUGAGCCCCAGCUUCAGUCGUGUGCGCCCAGACAUGGGUCCUGUCUCCGGCGGAACCAGACUGACUGUGCACGGUCGACACCUGGACGCCGGCAGCCGCGUUGUCGUCUACAUCGAUAAAGAAGAAUGUCUGUUUGUCAAACGGGCCAAUCGGGAAAUCAUCUGCAUCACUCCCGCCUCCCUGUCUGGUGCUGGCUCCGCCUCCAUCCGCCUGAUGAUUGACAAGGCAGAAGUUACCAGCUCGGACACCAAAUACAUCUACACUGAAGAUCCCACCAUCACCAGCAUAGAACCUAACUGGACCAUCCUCAAUGGCAGCACGGUGAUCACAGUCACAGGCACCAACCUCGUAACCAUCCAGGAGCCCAAAGUCCGAGCCAAAUACGGCGGAGUGGAGACAAGUAACUUCUGCACUGUAUUCAAUGACAGCACCAUGACUUGCUUGGCUCCUGGUCUGAUCUACGGUAAAGCCAACCCACCAGAGGGGGCGCUCCGCCCUGAUGAGUUUGGCUUCAUCUUUGACCAGGUGUCCUCUCUGCUGGUUCUGAACUCCACCCUGUUUACACACUACCCCAACCCAACGUUUGACCCACUCGGCAGCUCAGGAAUCCUUGAAGUCAAACCAGGGUCGCCCAUCAUCCUGAAGGGCAAGAACCUGAUCCCACCUGCUCCGGGCAACAGCCGGCUCAACUACACAGUUCUGAUUGGAGAGUCUGCUUGCUCGCUGACGGUGUCAGAGAACCAACUGCUCUGUGAUUCACCAGAUAUCACCGGUGAACAGCGAGUCCUGAUCAAAGUUGGGGGUUUGGAGUACUCCCCGGGAACACUGCACAUCUACUCCGACAGUGCCCUCACGCUACCUGCCAUCAUCGGCAUUGGAGCGGGCGGCGGCGUCCUCCUCAUCGCGAUCAUCGCCGUGCUCAUCGCUUACAAGAGGAAGACUCGAGAUGCUGACAGAACACUGAAGCGACUCCAGCUGCAAAUGGACAACCUUGAGAGUCGAGUAGCGCUGGAGUGUAAGGAGGCCUUUGCUGAGCUGCAGACAGACAUCCAGGAACUGACCAACGACAUGGACGGGGUGAAGAUUCCCUUCCUUGAGUACCGGACCUACACCAUGAGAGUUAUGUUCCCCGGAAUAGAAGAACACCCUGUCUUAAAAGAACUAGACUCUCCUGCCAAUGUGGAAAAAGCUCUGCGCUUGUUCAGUCAGCUGCUCAACAACAAGAUGUUCCUGUUGACGUUCAUCCACACGCUGGAGGCUCAGAGGUCGUUCUCCAUGAGAGACAGAGGAAAUGUGGCCUCACUGCUGAUGGCGGCACUGCAGGGUCGCAUGGAGUAUGCCACCAUGGUGCUCAAGCAGCUGCUGGCUGAUCUGAUCGAGAAGAACCUGGAGAACCGAAAUCAUCCCAAACUGCUGCUGAGGAGGACCGAGUCAGUCGCAGAGAAGAUGCUGACAAACUGGUUCACUUUCCUCCUCCAUCGAUUCCUGAAGGAGUGUGCGGGUGAGCCUCUCUUCAUGCUGUACUGUGCCAUAAAGCAGCAGAUGGAGAAAGGCCCGAUUGAUGCCAUCACCGGAGAGGCUCGCUAUUCUCUGAGUGAAGACAAACUCAUCAGACAGCAGAUCGACUACAAACAACUAACACUCAUGUGCAUCCCUCCGGAGGGCGAGGCUGGGACUGAAGUGCCUGUCAAAGUGCUGAACUGUGAUACGGUGACGCAGGUGAAAGACAAACUGCUGGAUGCUGUUUAUAAAGGAAUCCCAUUCUCCCAGAGACCUCAGGCUGACGACAUGGACCUCGAGUGGCGCCAGGGACGGCUGACCCGAAUCAUCCUGCAGGAUGAGGACGUGACCACCAAGAUAGAGAGUGACUGGAAGAGGCUGAACACGCUGGCUCACUACCAGGUGACAGACGGCUCUCUGGUGGCUCUGGUCCAGAAGCAGGUUUCUGCCUACAACAUCGCCAACUCCUUCACCUUCACCAGAUCACUCAGCAGAUACGAGUCUUUACUUCGGACGUCAAGCAGUCCUGACAGCCUGAGAUCCCGGGCGCCGAUGAUCACACCCGACCAGGAGACAGGGACAAAACUGUGGCACCUGGUGAAGAAUCACGAGCACAGUGACCAGAGAGAGGGCGACAGAGGCAGCAAGAUGGUUUCGGAAAUCUACUUGACCCGACUGCUGGCCACCAAGGGAACGCUGCAGAAGUUCGUGGAUGACUUGUUCGAGACGGUGUUCAGCACAGCCCACCGCGGCUCGGCGCUCCCCCUGGCCAUCAAAUACAUGUUUGACUUCCUGGACGAGCAGGCUGACAAAAGACAGAUCACUGACCCUGAUGUCCGACACACCUGGAAGAGCAACUGCCUUCCUCUCAGGUUUUGGGUCAAUGUCAUCAAGAAUCCUCAGUUUGUUUUCGACAUCCACAAGAGCAGCAUCACCGACGCUUGCCUGUCAGUGGUGGCGCAGACCUUCAUGGACUCCUGCUCCACCUCUGAACACAGACUCGGGAAAGACUCACCAUCCAACAAACUGCUCUAUGCUAAAGACAUCCCCAACUACAAGAGCUGGGUGGAGAGGUACUACAGGGACAUUUCAAAGAUGCAGAGCAUCAGUGACCAGGACAUGGAUGCCUACUUAGUGGAGCAGUCCCGUCUCCAUGGUAACGAGUUUAACACGUUGAGUGCACUCAGCGAGCUCUAUUUUUACAUCAACAAGUACAAGGAAGAGAUUCUCACAGCGCUGGACCGGGACGGAUACUGUCGCAAACACAAAUUGAGGCACAAACUGGAGCAAGCCAUCAACCUGAUGUCUGGAAGCAGCUGAGAAGAGGAGAAGGAUGGAUGGACUCUGGAUGAAGAAGGAGGAGGAGGAGGAAGAGGAGGGCUUUUGUUUUUUUCUGAACUGUCGAGCAGUCAGCCGAACGAGCCAGUUUCCGAAAUUCAGCAAUCAGUCUGUCGCUAAUUUAUUUCUCGACUAAUAGAUUGGUUGUUUGACCCGAACGAAAAUCAGUUUCCAAACAGUUUUGUUUCAACGCUAACAAGCUUAAAAGAGAAAAUAUUCUGUUUGGAAGUGGAUUUUAUAGCCACAGCUGGAGUCAUCAAUAGACGGGGUCCAGGCUAGCGGAGAGAUCUUCAAAUGAGUCCAGCUUUCGGCAGACAGUGCUGCGAAGACUCGCCGCCAGGAUCUUCUCCAGACUUUUUCUCGGACAGCCUCUUUGUAGCCUGGACCGAUCUAGGCGGAGUAAUUCAGGCUCCUCGCACAAGAAUCAAUCCUCUCAACUGAUGUCGACUCAUAAGGACUCUUUUGGCCUCAUGCUCCAAUCCCCGCCGUCCGGAUUCACUGUCGAAAGUUCAGGUCUAAGGGAGCCAUUUAUUUGGGCAUGAAAAGAUAAUUGAAAGCUUUAACAGAUGUGGGACUUGACCUGAGCUUGAAAUGUCUGGAGAGGGUCAGGAAGUGACCACCUGAGCCUGGACUGUUUGGCAAAGCCUCAUCGUGAAGUUACCAAGUUGCUGUUUUAAAGAACCACUCAGUGUUUAUCUCUGGACAAUCACUCUUAACCACAGCACACUGAGCCCGAUGCCUACAGACCGACCAGAACCUGUGCCCAAAAACUACGCCCCAAUUCUUUUCCCGCCUUGUAUUUCCCACUUUGUCGUCAGUCCGGCUGACCUCUUAAUUCAUUUACUGCCCGACCAAUUAAGACUGUGUUACUCGCCAGAGUCGUAAAUAGUAUAAAUGUGUAAAUGAAUAGAAUCAAAUUACAUUUGAAUACAUUCCAGCAGACACUCGGAAAAGGUCUGUAAAUAAGUAAGUGGAUUAAACCGGCAUUUUCAGGACCAGACUAACCCGAACCGGGGUUCUGGAUUCAGCACCAAUCGGAGCACUCGUUGGUGUGUUAUCGUCGGGUCUUGCACACACACACUCAUACAGCCAUGCAAACCACGCCCAGUGGGGAAAUACUGUGCCGAGCUACAAGCCCAGUGCCAUGUAAAGACCGGACCGGAUCAUGUUAGGACUGGACCGGACUUGGACCAAACCCGGAUUCAACAGAUUUUUAACCAAACCGGACUGGGGGACUUUUUAAAGACUGGUGGCCAUAAUUGUAAACUACAACGUUAAAAAAAAGAUAAUAAUAACAAUAAUGAUAAUAAUGAAAGUAUAAAAGUUUUUAAAAAUUCAAAAAAGAAAAAAAAAAAGAAAAUGUCAACGUCAUAUUGUGGAUUUUUAUGAAGUGGAACUUGUAUAAAGCUAAGCAUUACGGGGGAAAGGUGAGAGAGUCAGAAGACCCAGACUGGAUAUCACUGUUAAAGUGGGCAGAGGAGGAGUGAGGAGCUUUUCUUUCCAUCAUAAUCUGGUCUGCAUUCCUUCAUUCAAGACAUCCAUUUUGUUCAAGUCUUAUACCUCAAUGCAUUGGGAAUUUUCCAUUGUGGGAAGUGAAACCGUUGAUGCGCCUCGCUCCUCCACUGUUUGACUUUUCGCAACCUGCCGCGAUCCUGCUGAGCGAAGGAAAGGGCUCGUGGGAAAAUGUCCUGCCGCAGAACACCUGUCUCUCUCCUGACUCUCUAAAAUGCCAUAACGCUACAAAGCACCUUUUUAAUUUUCUUGCUGUUGUUUCACUGUUGUCUGAAUCUUUGGGGCCAAGAGGACCUUGCGAGGAGGAGUGUGAGCGGGUCCUUGUAGAAGACUGCCUUUUGGAUGAUUCAUUGUAGAAGAGGGAGGGAAGCCACUACCAUACCAAUACCACUGUUCAUCCAUCCUGUGUGUGUGUGUGUGUGUGUGUGUGUGUGUGCUGCUACAGUGGAAGCCCAUCCCUUAAAUCACUGAUGAUAUCUGCUGCUCGCUCGCUAAAUCUCAUCUCAGGUGGAAUCUUGAGGUCAAAAAGAGCAAUAAAUUCAGAUUAAUAUUUAAUCACGCCUUUAGUUUUCUGACAAUUUUGGAUUUACCGUUUCGCCCUGUCUUCUGAGGUUACUCCCGCAUGCAGGGAGAGAGAGAACGGAGGGAUGGUAUUUGUAUGCAUCAACCAUGUAGCGGGUGGAAACUCCUGCUGAAUCCUGAGAAGGCAGAGGAGGAGAAGGUUUCUUCUCUUUUUUUUGGUUCGUGUGGAGAAAGAAAAAGGAGAAAAUGGUACCAGCUGAAGACAAAAGAGCACAGGAAAACAUGAAAAAAUGCAAGAGUGUUGGGAUGAAGAGAGAGGGGCGCGUUGUCUUCUUGCAUGUGUAGAAGUGUCAGGGAGAAGGGCGAAGGAGAGAGAGAAUACUGAGCAGGCUGAAAAUACUGGAAAAAAAACUCACAUUCAUCAAACAGGCUGAGCAAUGAAGGGCUUCUGGUAGAGAGGAGGCAGGGAGCGCAGGGAACCUAGAAUAACUCAAGUUGCGUGGAUCUCAAAACAUUCGCGUGAAUAUAACUGCAGUUAUGAAUCAUUUUAAUACAUUGCACUAAAGGACAAAAUGGCAAUAAGAUAAGACUUCAUUUUUGUGUCCUUUUAAGCCUCUUUAUUGGCAACUGCACUGUAUGGACUGGAGUUUUAAGAUGCACUUUAAACUGCAAGGUCAUACAAAAUAAAAAUAAUAUUAGUCAGAAUAAUGGUUUAUAUCAACAUUAAAAUAGUUUUGCUUUGUGAAGGACGUUGGAAAUGCGACUUGCAUGAUGAGUGUACCCCGACAUUUAAAUGUAUAUAUUCAGAGAUCUGUUGCUGUUUAAUGGCAGUUAGGUAUAAGCGUUACAUGAUGAGAGCUUUGUUUCAGCCCCUAAACUGGUAUUUUACUCCCCGAAAAUCACAUCAUCAGAUGGGUUUCCACUGCAGCAGUGAGCUGGCUGAAUGUGUUUGGGCUCCGCACACUCAAACACACACAUUAACAUUCACAUCGUCUCCCAAACACUUGCAGCUGGGAGGAGGUAAUAGACUGAGGAGACCAGUGGGAGGGCUGGGACUAAUUCCUGGAACAGAAACAAAACAAUUAGGAAUUGUAUUAAUAAUACCUCAUUUUCAGUCCAUGCAGCUAACACACACACACACACACACACUCACACUCACACAGGAGGGUCUGAAUUAUUUACUGGUAGUUAGAUAUUUAUUGAAUUUUUUUAUUUAUUUUUUUUCUAAUGGGUUGUAUUUAUUGUGGAAGGAUGUACAUUUACUAGAUUGUACAGCGAUAAAGAGAGCAGAUAAAGAAUAUUCAACAAGCGACCACCUACUUACAUUUUUCCUGAAUGACAAAGGUUGAGUUAAUAACGGAAGAUUGACAACUCGACAGUGGUUUCCCUGCUGUUCACAUUCAUUACAUUGAUGGAAAGACAUGUCCAUGAAGGACUGAUCGACCGCAUUCACAAAAUUUCUUAUGGUUUCUGACUGUAAAUCAGAUGCAAGAGAAGGAGCUGGGGUAUUUGCUUUGAUAACUUUUGUUUUUGGUAACAUUUACUUACAAGUCUUAAUAUUUUUUAUUCACAAAAUGCUAUAAUCUCCCACCUGUCCAUACGUAUGGUUGGUCCACUGUGAUCGCCGACCCCCCUCACAAAGCUUGAAUAGGGAGUCAGAAGUCUUAUUUGUACAAUAGUCUAAUUAUUAUUACUAAAAUUAUUAUUAUUAUUAUUAUUAUUGUCCGCCGCUGUGUCUCAGCUGGUGAAAGAUCACUUUUCAUCAAUAUUUACUUCAUCUCAGUAAGUUAAAUAUGGUUUGGUCCCAGAGAACCACCGCUAACACUGGAUCUUGUGUCUUCAGUUUGGGAUGCUCACCCAGAGUGGGUGCGUCAGGUGUGGGAUCGCGAGGCUUCAACGGACAGAACACAAAAUGAGGGGUUCAUGGUGAUGUCAAGCACUGAUGUCAGUUGUGUUUUUAAGAGCAAAAGUAGUCCAACUUGAUUUUCUUUUUUUUUUUUUUUUUUUUUUUUUUUUUUUUAGGGACCUUUCAAGACAAGAGAUGCUUUUAAUUUAUUCUAAAAUAUUCAUGAUAAAUCGCCACAAAUGUCACGAGCUCAUGUCCCCUCCAGGACACAUUUUCUGAUGACUGUUGUUGUGACGUCACAGCGCUCAGGUCCUCGCUGUCUGAUGUUGAAGCCUCAUGAUCCCUCCUGAGCGCCUCCGCUAACUCAUUGCGCCAUCUGUAUUUCAAAAAAAGAAGAAGAAAAAAAAAGGCCCAUCGCCUUGACUGAUGCUUUUGCUCUCCGGGUUUUAGUCGAGGCCUGUUUUUGAUACCAUUUGCCAUUGCCUUGUUUUUAUUUCUGCUGCGUUCUCAAAUGUAACAAUGAUGGAUCAUUGUAAUAGCCUGUGUCAGUUUUUAUACCAUUGCCAUUGCCUUCUGCUGAGUUUGUAUAUUUGUGUGAUUUCACUAAAGUGUAAUGGGAAAGAUGGACUUUGUGUUGUUC